UGGCCAUGCACGUUUCAAAUUGUCAGUAUAAAUCCUUGGUUAUUAAGAGCAUGUUCUUUCUUUUCUUAAAAGCUCGCAGCUGGUUGGGGGAAGGGGUAGAAUCAUAAAGUCUUAACCUGGAGAGCCAAAAACCAAAUAAGGAACAGCCCGAGGCUCCAAGUGGAAAUAAAUGGGACUUGCCUUGGCAGAGCAUUUGGAGAAUCUGGAGCCUGAGCCUUCAAAGUUUUUUUCUUUUCUUUUGCAUUAUGAUGGAAACUAUCUGUUAGGAACUGGGAAUUGAACUGGAAGCCCUUCCCUGGGCUGGAAUUGGAGAAAGGCCAGCUGUCUCAGCAGCAACUUCUUGGACUGUAAAGAGAGGAGAAAGAAACUACAGGGCAGUAAACAACUUCAGGUUCACCCAAAGUGUUUUAUCUGCAGAAAGGGGUAAGGAGUCUUCCUGACAUGGCGCAGAUGCUGCAGCUGCACUUUGGAACAUGCCUGUGGGCAGCUCUGAUGCUCUGUGUGUUUGCUCGAUCCCAGAGACAGACAGGUAGGAAGCUCACCCAUAACUGGAGAAGGCUGCUCUGCAGUGGGCAGCCAAUAUAUUUCUGUUAUUAUCAAUGCAACCGUUUGGGCUAUUUUGUGCAUGAGUGCCAGUGGAGGGUUUUUCAUGGGCUUCUUGCAGGACUAAGGUUAUCUGUUAAAACUCAAGAAAGGAUUGCUACUGUGCCUAAGAAAGUAAGUCAGGAUCUUGCUAGAGUGAGACAGUUAAACAGACACAGAUACUUUCUACUGAGUUUUCACACACCCCUUACAUAUACUUUCUAAGGAAUGCUGUAAGUAUCAACGACUUUUCCUCUGUUUAAUUUCUGAAACAAGCAUCUGUUUGUAUGGGACACUCUUGCAGCUCUUCUCUCUUGGAAUUAAUAGCAUGUUAACAUCAUCUGGGAAUUUUCCAGCAGCCUUCAAACAUAGGUAGUAGUUGUGAGGCAGGUGCUUUGUGAGAAAAUCUUGACUUUAUUAUUAUUUUUGCAGUGGUUUACUCUGUUGCUGUAUUCUGCUUCCGAUUGCUGCUUGCACUGUUGCAUUCACAAAAUGGCAAAUGGUUUUGGACUAACAAUUCCAGAGAGGGCUAGUUUCUGACUGGUCUAUUUAUAUACUGAAUUUCCGUAGCCGUUUUCUUGAUACCUCACUCUCAGAAGCAGGAGUUUGAAUUUACCGUAGUUAUAUGAUUGCAUUGGUAAGGUAAUCAAAUGGGAAGUUGCCAGAUCCUGGUUAGGCAAGCAGCUCUUGUUCCUUAAAAAAAGUGGCAGGGUUAUUAUUUCUUUUUUAAAAAAUUAUUAUACUUCACUACAAGGAUUAAGUUAAAUGUUAAAGGUUAAGUUACAGCAAUUUAAAAUACAGCCGUCUAAAACAAACCACAUUCACAAUAAUUGGAUGGGUCCCAAAAACAGACACCUUGGAUGGCAAUGGCCAGGGGAAAAGCAAUAUUUUUAAGGGUAGCACAAAAUAGGGCUUUUCAUAUCAUUUACUGAAGGCAUAGGAUGCCUGCCACUGCCAACAGAACUUUUUUCUUUUUAAAGGCUUGGAAGUCACUUGGGUGAACUCAACAAAACAGAUGUUGAGAACUAUACUACCUUCACCAUUAGUGUUAUUUUAAUGGAAUAUUUCUGUUCCUGCCUGUCAGUCUCAAAAGACUUCCUGAAUUAUGUAUUAUGGAGAAAUGAAAUGCAGCUGCAAUCUGAGCUUUAAUCCAAAAUUGAAGACAGAUGGCUUUGAUCAGGAGACUGCAACCUGGCUAGAGGCAUCAUCUUUUCUAAGCAAAAGUGCACAGCCUCAUUCUCCAAGCAACUUCUGUGAGUUUUUCUCCAUGACUCUGGGGAGAAUUACUCUAGAAGGGAAAGCUGGAAGCUGUCUACAAUAAGGAAAGCUACAGAAACAGCAGAUGUUAUAUUUCUUCCAGGCACCUCCUUAGCUUAAUCUAAUAAUCCCAAUGAUGAAAUUCAGAAAAUACAUUUCUAGAGCAAGCCUAACCUCUAUUUUAGUUCUUAUCUUGCCUCUGUGAGUUGAGAACCUUAACUUUUUACAUCUGUGCCAAAAAUGAAAAUAUUGUAGAUCAGGAGUUCCCACUGGCUUUUUCAUUCCAACAAUACACUGAGCCUCCCUGUGCCUUAUUCCCAAGGGUACUUGCCUAGAUUAUAUAUAUCAUUACAUUCCACUUUACGUCCCUGGCUUUUUAGAGCCUGUCAACCUCCUUCCCUCCCACCUCAUGGCUUUCAGAAUUAACCUUUAUAUCAUUGCAUUUUGUAUGUUUUCCAAUUCUAAUUACAUGCAUUACAAAAUAAAUCAAAAUUUAAAUAAAUAUAGAAGGUAGAACGUUUCUCAUUACAAGUCUUCAAACAACCCUGCUAGUGAUGUUAGUUGCUUACAAUAAUCUUUCAGAUAUCGUAUAAAUUUACUCCAGUCCUUUUGAAAUGCUUGAUCUUGUUGGUCUUCGAUUUUUCCUGUCAGCUUCGUGAGUUCUGCAAAGUCCAUCAUCUUCAUCUGCCACUCUUCUUUUGUUGGUACUUCGUUGCAUACAUAAACAGUCUUUUAUCUUCCCUUAGUAUCUCUUCACCAACUAUAUCCAAUAAAAAGGCUUCUGGUUUUUUAACAAAAGUAUUUUUAAACAUUUUCUUUAAAUCAUUACGGUAUAUAUCAUUUCCCAGAAAGCCUUUACCACUUUACAAGUCCACCACAUGUGGUAAAAGACACCUUCCUUUUCUUUACAUUCCCAGCACUAAUUAGUUCUUGUCUUAGACAUUUUGGCAAGUUUAGCUGGUGUUAAAUACCAUCUAUACAUCAUUUUCAUAACGUUUUCUUUAAGUGUGCUGCAUGCAGUAAAAUUAAUACAUUCCUUCCAUAAGCUUUCCCAUGAUUCUAAUUGAAUAUUAUAUCCAAAAUCUUUAGCCCAAUGUAUUAUCACAGUUUUAACCUCUUCAUCUUUGGUACGCCAUUCCAGGAUACUUGCCUAGUUUUGGACUCCACAGUAUAAUGCACUCCAGACCUACUUCUGUAUGCAACUCCACUUGCAAAAUAUGGCCUGCUGCUGCCUCCCACAGUCCCUAGCAAAGAAAUCUGGGAUCAGCUGAACUGUUGGGUUUGGGGACUUGUGGCCCUUCAGUCAUUGGUGAAAUGCAACUCCAUCAUUCUUGAGCACACACAAUGUUUGCUGCAGCUGAUGGAAGUUGUACUUCACCAACAUCUGGAGGGCCACGGGGCCCCCACUUCUGGUCUAGCCUACGGGUUGUAGCAAUGGAGCGCACGAGUCCCUGCCAGGGAAAAAUGAAGGAUAUAAAUAAAUAUAUAAUAAUGCCUAAACAGAGAAAAAUAUUAAAUGCAGAACCAGCUAAGUAUGAAUACAUAAAAUAACGAGAUAAGACUUCAGUAUAACUUAGCGUGCUAAGUUAAAACAAUAUACAACAACAUGAAAUGGAGGAAGCUCCGUGACCUCAAAACAGCCUACCUCACUUACAGCAAAUUUCAUUCUUUUGAACAAAAUAGUUCCAAGUUUUACUGUGAUCAUUGCAGUAUACUUUAUUAGCUUUAUCAGCAUGCAGUGGAGGCUGGUCCAUUGGGGCUACUGGGGCACAGACCUCCCACUGAAAAUGCCUAAUUAAUAAUAAUAAUAAUAAUAAUAAUAAUUUUUAUUUAUACCCCACCCUCCCCGGCCAGAGCCGGGCUCAGGGUGGCUAACACCAAUAAAAUCACAGUAAAAACAUAAUAGGGGAAUAAGAUAGAGGGGGAAAAACACCCCAAUUUAAAAUACAGGUUAAAAUGCAAUUUAAAAUGCAGCUUCAUUUUAAAGUAGCUGAUAAAUUAAGACCAUAGGGGGAGGGAAACAUAAGGGUCAGACUGAGUCCAAACCAAAGGCCAGGCGGAACAGCUCUGUCUUGCAGGCCCUGUGGAAAGAUGUCAAGUCCCGCAGGGCCCUAGUCUCUUGUAACAGAGCGUUCUACCAAGUCGGGGCCAGUACUGAAAAGACCCUGGCCCUAGUUGAGACCAAUCUAACCACCUUGCGACCUGGGACCUCCAAAAUGUUGUCAUUUGUGGACCUUAAGGUCCUCCAUGGGGCAUCAUCAUCAUCAUACUCCCCCAAAUCUCUAAGCCAAGCAGUCUUUCCUGUUUCACACACAUUGGGGGGGGGUGUCACAUGUUAGUGGUGGGUGGAGUCAGAGGCAUAAGUGGGUGGAAGAAUGGAUGUGAUGCUUGGCUUUACCCAGCACAAUCCAGCCUUGCAAAAAACCAGAGUCCCUACCCACAUGUCUCUCCGUCCUGAUGAGAAUGAGGCAAUAUUGCAGAGCAAGCAACACACUCCAGUCAGACAAAGCACCCAGAAGGGUGCAGAAGUAGGGCAAGAGAGGAGCCAUUGUCUAGAGGAAAUCCCUCAGGCCAGCUGAAAAGGCCUGGAGGGCCUGAGGUUCCCAACCCCUGACUUAGUCCAACCGGCUUUAAAAGGCCUGAAACGUUUUGAAGGGGAAACCCUCUGGGAGGUUUAUAUGCAAGGAUGGAGCCUCAGCCAGAGGCAGACUGCCUGUUGGAGUUGUCUAUGAGGAAGCUAGGAGAGAACAGGACCAUGAUGAAGUAAAUAUCUGUUAUGUACUGAAGUUCUCACCCUGGGCCAGCAGGGGGAUACUGUAGAUAGUUAUGCAAAUAAGGGAUCAAAAGUGACGUUCAGUGAUUGGAUAGUUUUAGAAAAUUGUUACAGUUACGUUGUACUGGAGCUCUAUAUAAGCAGGCUGACUGAACCCUUCAGUUCAGUUCUGUUCUGGCCUGUGAAUAAACAAGAGCUGUUUGAAGCUGUGUCGUCUGAUAUGUUCACCCACAACUUAACAAUAUCAAAGCUAUCCUCUGUUAAAAGAUGAAACAACAUUAUAUUGAAGAAAAUUGACAUCUGUCUUUACUGGUGCACAGAUUGUAUCAUUGUUGCUCCCCAUUUGUGGAAUGCUCUCCCCAGGGAGGCUCGCCUGGCACCUUCAUUACUUACCUUUAGGUGCCAGGUGAAAAGGUUUCUCUUUUACAAGCUGGUUGGCUGAUUAACAUUCUAUGGCCUUUUAAAUGUGUUUCUGGGAAGUGGGUUAUUAGUUUUGUUUUUGUUUUAUUAUGUAUUUUGUGUUUAUAUUUUGUAUUUUUAUAUUGUGAACCGCCCUGUGAUCUUCAUAUAAAACGUGGUAUACAUUUAAAUAAUAAAAAUAAUAAUAGAUUAUUUUAUAAUAAGUGUUGUAACUGAGAUUUUGACCUCAGGUUAAUAUUUAACACAAAUUAAAAGAAAUCACAGAAAAUCAGGCAUAUAUGUGAAGGAGAAUAGGUGAAGAGAUAUUGAUUUAAAUACUAUUUUCUCUAUUGUUUUUCCAGAUGAACAAAUUGACCUCCAGGAUGCUGCAGAUACAAAUGGGGUUGAGAAUGCUGGCAUCAUACUAGAGGUAAUUUAGGCAAAAGCAAAUCCACAAAGAAAAGGAUGUGAGGUUCCUUCACCUUUGGCAUGCCCUGCUGAUAUCACUGCAACAGCUCCAACUUCUUGGCCUACAGCUACCCAACCUUUCAUUUUGUUGGUGCCAGGAGAAGUGUGAGUGUCAUUGUGUAGGAACAAGGACACACUUCUGCCCCUUCUUUAGUACUGAGGAAUGUGGCUGGGCUAGGUGUGAAGAUGGUCACUGUGCAUCUAGGAGCUUAGGAAUCUACCAUAUAUUGAGUUGGCAGCAGCUUUUAAGAGUGACUGGGGAAACCCAGCCAGAUGGGUAGGGUAUAAAUAAAGUAUUAUUAUUAUUAUUAUUAUUAUUAUUAUUAUUAUUAUGCGUUUCAUGCAGGGGACAUUCCGAGCUCUACCUGGAGAUGCCAGAGAUUAAACUUGGGACCUUCUGCCAAGCAGAUUCUCUACCACAGCACUUGGCUACUGUUACCAAUGCUUGAGGCAAAUUUCAAAAUUUUUGUAUAGGGUACGGUAGCAAUGGCCCUCAAUAACAUUAGUGCUCCGAUUUGUUUUCUCUUGGCUCUUCAGUUUCGACAGAGAUCAUUAUACUGCACAAUGCCCCCCCCCCCUUUUUACAGCAGCUCCACAUUACUAAGGAUUUCAGGUUAAGGCAUCAGUUGAAGCUUCGGUGAGGAGAAAUGGAACUCCAGAGAAACAUUGUUUUCUGCUUAUGUAAGCUGUGGUCCACAAGAUGGCAGCCUUGGGCUACUUCUGCUCAUUGGACUGAGCUAGCUGGCUGGGCUAUGGGAAGGAGAUAGGGAAAGAUUCUGAACUCUGAUUGUGCAACAGGCCAGUUGAGUGACAGAGAACACAUUCAGUACUGGGCUACCAACAUUUGCUGUUCCACCACUUUCUAUAACAGCAGUAUUUUUUUAAGGUGAUAGUCUUCAUCCUUCAGAACUGGAACCCACCAUUAACUUUCAACAGGGAACCCAUGCUUAAUAUUUAUUCUCCCUCUGUAUGUGUGAACCUUCCAUAUCCUUUCCUUUUUAAAAAAAUAAUCUUAAAUACACGCACACCAUUGCCACCAAAACAGUGGCGAUAUCAGUGAUGCACUCUAUUUAUUAUAUUGGAGCACAAUUCAUUUUGAAGUCUCAAGCAGCCAGAUGCAGAUGGGUAUCUGAGCAGUAAUCUUCACUUAAUGUUCGUGAGCUUUGCUUAGCCUGUAUCAGAACUUCCUGCCCUUAUUUGUGUUGAAGAGCUAGAAUCAGGAGUGCAGGAAACAAAUCUCCUCUAGGAGCAGAAAUGAUGUGGUACUGGAUAGUUCCACAAUCCUGCCAUUGUGAGCAAUAUUCUCUUGAUGACCCCUCACUCCAUCUGCCAUGCCUAGCAGUCUAAAAGGCACCCAAGUUGGACAACAUGCCUGUAGAUGGGUACAGGCUAUGUUGGAAAGGAAACUUUGGAUAAGGAGUCACAGGGCUAGAAUGGAGUUAAAAUUAAUCUAGCUCUAGGCAUGGGGAAUUUGUGACCCUCCAGAUGUUGUUGGACUUCAGUACCCCAACGGUUAGGGAUGAAGGGAACUAUAGCUCAACAACAUCUGGAGGUUGGUUCCCCAUCCCUGCAUUGGCCCAAAGAUAGGACUUCCACAUGUCCUUUUUAUCACCAGUUAAUUCUCAUGAGCCAAUCUAAGCUGGAUUGUAGAUGCCAUGAAUAGAGAAGAGUCCACAACAAGCCAUUUGAAUGGUGUCAGGAAUAGUUUAAUAACACAACCCAGAUGACGCAAGCAAGUAAGUCAAGUCACAUGCAACAAUAGAAGACAAUUUUUAUCCUCCUGGCCAUUAGCCACUCUGCCCUGAGCAAAAAUUAAUUCUCAAGCAUGAUCACUUCUUACCACAGAGAAAAAACUGUCUGUUGAUCCUCACAAUUCUAUUCUUCUUCUUUCAGUUACUCUGGAGAGGAAUUGAAAUUAUGGCCAAUGAGACAAUCAGGAUUGAGGAUGAGGAGUUUGCCUCUCUGCGUCCCACCAAGCGAUUACUCCGGGUCUUUCAGCAUGAGAUUCCAAAAAACCCAGAUGGGAUUGAAGAGUACCUGGACUUCCUCUCACAGUCUGACACCCCUAUAACUCUACAGGAAUUCAAGAAGCUUAUCUUUACCACUGUCUACUGUGCUUACCAAAUUCGCUCCAUUCAAGGCCUGGAGAAAAACCUCUGGAUCAACCUUUUCUCUCAGCUGGUUAUUGAAAUACUCCGUGAUCUCUGCAAACGAUUCUGUUCUAAGGAAUCUAUGGAUUCUGUUCAGCUUCUGGCCUCUAGGCCUUGGCCGGAAAUGCCUGUCUAUAUUUCUGCACUGAAGAAAUUCUACCGGUCUAGCCUAGCCAGGACCCAAAGAGACUCUCAUCCAUAAAGGAGAAAUCUUGGUCCCUAUAAGCCAAAUUAAUAUGCAAAUAUAUAUAUUUUAGGUUCAUUCUCCAGGCACAGGAGUGUCACCCUUCCUGUUUUCUUAUCUCUGGUGUAGCUGCUGCUUAGCUUUUCACUGGAUUUCUAUGAUUAGCAUGUUGCUCAAGGCCUCUGCCCUGAGCUCUCUAUAGGACAUGCAGUUCAGAUGGCACUUUGCUGUUGAUUGGAAUUGGGUUACUGAGGAAAAAUGGAGUUACAUGCCCCUGCUCUUGGCAUUUUUAUGUGUUACAUUGCAAUUUUGUGUGUAGCGAAAAUUACAAGAAGCCAGAUCCAUGUUAAACACUAGGGAGAGCUUACGAAUUGUAAGAACUGUUUACCAACAGAACAUGUAUCUUCUUAGAAGGGAGUUUUUACGAAAUUAUGGACAAGCAUCAGUUCAGGAGGCUUUAUGUCAGAAAGAAAGUGAUGAGACUGAAGGCCCAAUGGGGCAGUCCUUCCAGCUUAGUGUUUCUUCUUGUAUAACAUAAAAUUCUUCAGGUACAGUGUACAAUUUGCCCUAAAAGCCACUAUGUCAGAAAAGGGUUAGUUUAGUUCUACCAGGUUUGGCAUCCAGACAGUGGUUGAGCAAGCCGAUUGGGCACCUGGGGUGGCGCGUGUGCCCUGCGCCCAGGGGCGGGGCCAGCCGCUCAUGGGGGCACUGCGGGGCCUCCAAGGAGUCUGCCUGCCUCCUCCCACUAAGCCGCCCUACAGCUGAGGGGGAGGCAAUGGGUGGACUGUUUGGGGCAGCGCUGGGCCUGCGGGCGCUUAAGCCACCGUGUCACUCCCAGAAGAGAAGCGUGGCUCAGGCACACUGCAGGCCCCGCGGUGAGUGUCGCCCACCAUUUUGUCACCCCGCUCAGUGGGGACACCCAGGGCGAGCCGCACCUACCACAGCCCCCUUGCUAUGCCCCUGCAUCCAGACCGUUUGAAGGAAGCAGUUAGCAAAUGUAGUAAGAUAAGACUGUUCCACAAUCUGCAACUUUAACCACUGAAUGUACCAUAAGCAAGCAAGCUUGCUUGGCUCCACAUAUGAAUCAAAUAUGCUUUGUGUGAUAAACAGUGCACUGGGGAAGCCAUAACUGAAUUGUGGUAUCAAACACUUGUGGGGAUUUAAUUUUGAAUGUAUUAAGGAAUGUGCCUUUUAGGGAGCUGUCUGUAUGGGAUUAGUUAACAGAGUUUGUAAGCAAAUGAGACUAGGGUGUUGCAUAUGUUCUAGUUGGGACCUGAUAUAAACUUUUAAGGGCUAUGCUACCUUUUAAAAUGUGAAUAUAUAAACUUGUGACAGCAUUGUCUUAGCCAAGAAAUAUCUUUAGUCUUGCCCUUGGCUUUUUAACUUAAUCAAUCAUUGUCUGUAUGCAGAAGUGGGCUUCAGCAGGUGUCUGUGCUGGAAUAUCCCAAUCCUACACCAGUUGUAUUGGUCAAAAUGCAGCAUGCCAGGGCUAAGCAUACAGGAAAUAGCUGCCCCAGCACCCAAACGUGGAAACAAUGCUUUUUAAACAGCAGAAAAACUUAUACCACGGAACGGAAC